CUGCCGCCGUUAGGGCUAAAUUGCGGAUCAAAGUAAUUAUCAUGGAUGGUGAAUCUACUAGUUGUCGUCGUUUGAAUUUUGAAGGAAAUGAAGAUAGUUGGGAAGGUGACUUUGAUAUUAUUAAUGAAGGGUUGAACAUUGAAACAGAUUUGGAUAUACCACAACUGGGGCUAGAAUUUGAAACAGAAGAAGAUGCAUAUCAAUUUUAUUUGACAUAUGCUAAAAAGGUUGGAUUUGGCAUAAGGAGAGGUAAAACCCAUAUGGAUAAAUCGGGCAAAUUACUUGAUAGGGUUUUUUUUUGUUGUGCCCAAGGUAAAAGAGGAAAAGACAAACGAGAUCUUUAUAUCAAAGUAAGUCGUGAUGAAACAAGGUUUGGUUGUGAGGCUAAAAUGAAGAUUAGCAUUCGGAAAAAAACCAAGUUUACUGUGGUGCAAUUUGUUAAAGAGCAUAAUCAUUAUCUCUCAAGUCCAAAUAAAACACACCUCUAUAGAAGUCAUAGAAAUAUAUCUUCUUCUGCAGCGAUACAGAUUGAUAUGGCAAGUGAUGUGGGAAUCCCCCCAAAAGCAUCUCAUGAUCUUAUGGUGAGACAAGUAGGUGGGAGGGAGAAUCUAGGAUUUAUUCCAGAGGAUUACAAAAACUACUUGCGAUCCAAAAGAACAAUAAACAUGAGAGUUGGGGAUACAGGGGGUGUAUUGGAGUAUUUGCAGAAAAUGCAGUUUGAUGAUCCGAAUUUUUUUUAUGCUAUUCAAGUUGAUGAAGAUGAUUUGAUUACUAAUAUUUUUUGGUCUGAUGCUAAGAUGAGAGCUGAUUAUGUUAAUUUUGGAGAUGUUGUUUGCUUUGACACCACCUACAGAAAGAACAAUGAAGGUCGACCAAUUGCGUUGUUUGUAGGUGUUAAUCAUCAUAAACAAUCCAUACUUUUUGGUGCAGCUUUAUUAUAUGAUGAAACCAGUUUAACUUUUGAGUGGUUGUUUGAUACAUUAACUAGAGCUAUGGGUGAGAAAAAGCCAACUACUAUUCUUACAGAUCAAGAUGCAGCAAUGACAAAAGCAUUAGCUUCCAGAUGGCCUGAAACACAUCAUCGUUUGUGCAUUUGGCACAUUUAUCAAAAUGCCGUCAUACAUUUGAGUCAAGAAGAUUUUAUUUCAGCAUGGAACAUGAUGUUAGCAAAGUGUGCACUUGAAGAUAAUGAUUGGUUGAGGCGCAUGUACAACAUCAAGGAAAAAUGA